AUGAGCCCAACACUCUCGGAUGCCCUGCACCCACCCUCGCUGGCACAGACCUUUCUGUCUGAGAUCCGAUGGGAGAAGAACAUCACGCUGGGGGAGCCCCCAGGUUUCCUGCAUUCCUGGUGGUGCGUGUUCUGGGACUUGUACUGCGCAGCGCCCGACCGCAGAGAGGCAUGUGAGCACUCAAGCGAGGCCAAGGCCUUCCAGGACUACAGCGCUGCCGCUGCCCCCAGCCCUGUGAUGGGGAGCAUAGCCCCCAGCGAUGCAAUGGCAGCUGGCCCCAUGGCACCUGGCUUCUUCCAGGGCCCCCUGGGCUCCCAGCUGCCCCCCCACAACCCCAACACCCCCAUGAUGGGGCCUCACAUUCAGCCCUUCAUGUCACCGAGGUUCUCAGGGGGCCCCCGGCCCACCCUGCGGAUGCCGAGUCAGCCUCCUGUGGGCCUACCUGGCUCCCUCCCGGGUGCCAUGGACCCCUCCCCGCGUGUGCAGGGGCAUCCGAGCAUGGGCCCGAUGCAGAGGGUGACUCCUCCACGGGGCAUGGCCAGCGUUGGGCCCCAGAGCUAUGGAAGUGGCAUGCGGCCCCCACCCAACUCCCUCGCUGGCCCAGGCCUGCCCACCAUGAACAUGGGCCCCGGAGUGCGUGGCCCAUGGGCCAGCCCCAGUGGCAACUCGAUCCCCUAUUCUGCCUCCUCCCCUGGCAGCUACACGGGACCUCCAGGAGGCGGUGGGCCCCCUGGCACACCCAUCAUGCCCAGCCCUGGAGACUCCACCAACUCCAGCGAGAACAUGUACACCAUCAUGAACCCCAUGGGGCCAGGCGCGGGCAGGGCUAACUUCCCACUGGGCCCAGGCCCGGAGGGCCCUAUGGCAGCCAUGAGCACGCUGGAACCUCACCACGUGAACGGAUCUCUGGGCUCAGGCGACAUGGACGGGUUGCCGAAGAGCUCCCCUGGCGCCGUGGCCGGCCUGAGCACUGCCCCCGGCACCCCGCGGGAUGACGGCGAGAUGGCGGCCACCGGGACUUUCCUGCACCCAUUCCCGAGCGAAAGUUACUCGCCUGGGAUGACCAUGAGCGUGUGAUGGGGCAGCAGCCCCUUGCCCAGUGCUGGCCGCCUCCUCUGCCCAGAGCCCCUGCCAAGGGCCAGGGGCUUGGGUGGUCUGCAGGGGGAGGGUCUGAGGUCACACCUCGGGCAGCUGGACUCCUGGUCAAGGCUUGGAGGCCCCGCAUGAAGGACUCAUUUUAUUAAAAACAAAAACGCAAGGACCUCAGAGAUGCUCUUUUCUGUAUGGGCUCGACCCCCACCCUCAUCCGUUUCUACUUUGUCCUGGGGGACUCCUCUGGACCUCCUUUCCCCUGGGCAGUAAGGGGUGAGCACCCAUCAAUAAAUGUAACUUGUUUUGGUUUUUGGUA